AACGCUGUUUAGUCUGGUGGGAGAAUGUCUUUAGUGAUUUAUGAUCCCGCUUCGCUUGAACGAAGGCAAUAAAUUAGACAAAUACAAUAGCACUUUGCUGCCACUAAAGUAAUUGGAAAAAAACGAGACUAGAUGGUUUAACAUAAAGGUACAUCAAUCCACGUACUCAUAGUUCUUACAUAAAUCAGUUGAAUUUGAGUUCAGGAUUGACAAACGUAUUAGUAGAUAAAAGAAAUCUAUUAUUCAUUUUAUUGUCUUAUUCAAAUUGGAUGUCAUGCUGUCCUGGUGCUGUCUUGUCUGCUAUUCAAUUCGUACCCUGUCAUGUCCUACGGAGCAAAGUGAAGUUUUUAUCGUUAGGAGAGUAAACUCCUCUGACACUUGUGAGCAUUAGCAACCUACGAAUGUCUUAUUCAUCACCAGGAAACCAAGCAAGAUGAUAUAGAAUCGCGUCUAAAUUUCAUAACUUCAUUAUAGAGAUGUUUAAUUGGCUUCAUGGUAUUGAAAAAAGUCAGUUAUGAUGCUAUGUAAAAGGAAUAGAUUAUUGAUCAGUCAUUUGGAAAGUCCUUUCUUUAUUCCAAGUCUGUGGAUUCAAAAUCUGGGUUGUCACUAGAUUAUUGUGAGGCGUAUUGCACAAGCCAUGAGUACUUUUGAACCCAAGCUUAAAGAUGGUAUUUUUCCUUCACUUACGAAUGAAGAACUAGAGGCACUCGACAAUCUUGAUCAAAGUAUCAGAUUCCACGAGACUUUCAGUGAUAGUGAAGAACGAGAAACCAAGGAAUCAGAAGAUGAUUUCGAAGACACAUGCUCUGAGCUUUCCGACGACAAUAGUUUAACAUUCACUAUUCCUCAAAUGUACAAUCAGUUUAAGCUACCAGUAAUACCAGAAAGUUAUGAGACAAGUACUGAUUUCGUUGAAAGAAAAGAAUCUAAAUCUGACAAGAUCAAUGCAGGGUACAUUUUAUUUGAUGGCUCGGAAAUUAAAUACGUUAACUACAAAGAAACAGGGACGAUGGAUUCAGUUCGCGCAACCUCGGUGUCAUCUGAUAGAUUCAGUAGCAUCAAAAGCAGGGCUUCCACAACGACACAGACAUCAGAUAGUAUUCCCAUUAACCUCUAUAUCAGCGCUGACGAUUUGUUGGGUCAAGACUUUCUCAAGAAUGCUCAGGGUUUUUCUCUUGCUCCGUACAGCAGGUUACCAACGAAUUCGCACUUUUCUUUGCGCGAGAAGCUGUACUUUUUCCUCAUUGGUCUUGCUUGUGUGAUUUCAUUCAAUUCUAUCUACAUAAGCGUGGCAUUUUUUAGGGGAGUUUUAGGAGACCAGGUUUUGCAAAUAUUGGGCUCCUGUCAUUAUGCUUCACUGCUAGUUGCCAUGGCGAUGGUCUUUCUGGGCAAGAAGACAUGGUUUCAGUUCAUCCCGACAAUCAUCGUGAGCUUCGUGCUAAUGGCAGGCGUGGUUGCUGUUUUUCCUGUCUUGUCGGUUCUCAGUGUUACAUGCCCUCAUUACGUCAUCUAUAUGCUAGUUUCUUUGAAUGGCUUGUGUACUGGGUUGGCCUUGGCGACUGUCGAUAGGAUGGUUUUUUUGUUUCCUGGUGGCAAAAGCAGCUUGCUGUUUCGUCUUGGUGGAGGUUUUGGCUGUAUUCUUCCCUCCAUAAUUCAGAUGACAGCUAUCCUCAUAGACUUUAAAGAAGACAAUCUCUCGGAAUUAAAAGAAAGCAAUGCUUUCAAUCUCUACAUUGUAUUUCCUGUAGCAUUUCUUGGCAUCUUUUUUGGUUUUAUUUCGGCUAUCAAACUCAGUCGAAGCGGUAUCUACGGGCUGUUUGCAGACAGUGAAAAUUCUUUUGAUAAUCCUAGAUGGGUGACCAUUUCGUCCUCUGUAACGACUGUUAUCAAACGAUGCAAGCGACUUGCUUUUUUACUAUUGGCUGAAUUUAUAGUGGCAGCGGUCACGUGGUAUUGCCUCUCAGUGGCCCAAAUCGUUCACCUCAAAACCCUGGAGCACAAUUCGUCCAACAAGUCGCCUUUUUGGGAAGAACACCAAACUACGGUACUAAUAGGAAUCUUCCAAUUUGGGGACGUCAUUGGUAGUCUUCUAGGUUCAUUAUGGAGGUGUUGCUGCAAGUCCCUUGCAAAAAAGUUCCUGAGUGGACUGCAUUUACUUCUCUCACUUCUACGGAUCGGCUGUGUGAUAGCCAUUGCUUACUUCAUUCGCAGUCCGUAUCUAGUUCAUAACAAUAUUUUCAUUAUGGGAUUGUACUUUCUAUUGGCAAUUACCAAUGGGUUUUUACUGGUUGGCAUGGCAAACCAAAGCUCGCCACUCUGCGAACUUCAAAUCAAAGAUUCCUGUCCUAUUAUAUCACAGAUCACUUGGUUGGCUAUUCAGUCAGGGUGCUUGGUUGGCGUUGGUUUCUCUUUCCUUCCUUUCUCCUAAUACCGUAUUUACUCGUUUAGACGACGCGGCGUUUAUAUAAUUCCUCAUAAUCCAUGGGACGCGUUUAUUUGGGGGCGGCGUUUAAAAACUACUUUAUUCAAUAAGAAUUUGAAAUAGAACUUAACGCAAGAGCUAAAUAGUACAGUCACUUUGAACUUUAAAAUGUUCUAAAAGAAAAUAAAUUUCCGUUGCUGGUUUAAACUUGAAAUAUACUUUUUCUUUAUCAUAAAUUGUUAUUUCCUCAAAUUAACGCCGCACCGUACAUGCGGCGUCUAUUCGGGGCGGCGUCUAAACGAGUAAACACGGUACUCCAGUUUCGAGUUCUCUGUUGCUCAGAGUUCGUCUUGAUUAUUGUGUAAAAUAUCCAUGCGUUCCCUCAGUGAAGGUCUGUGAAAUUGUAAAGUGUUUGUAAUGUUGUCGUUGUGCAUUCUUUACUUUACUGUUAAUACUUGUGAAUAUUCUGACGCUGAAAUAAGGCUAACACUGUAUAAAUGAGUCUGUAAUCAAGGAACCGAGUGGUAUUGUACGAAUUCGAGAAUGGUAGAUUUAGAUUCGACCAGUCUGAUCAAACACUAUUUCGUACAAAUCUAAAUUUCUUAAAGCGAAUUUAAGUGAAUAAUGAGAAUUUGAAAUAGCAUCGAAACGGUAAGACCGCACUGCACAUGUUCGGAAGAUUGGCGGGAAAAUAGCGGACGCGUCAAAUCAAGAAUGUCAAAAAAAAAAAAAAAAAACCAACAAAAAAAA